AUGUCCUUUGUAUCAAAAGAGUUUCGUGAGUUCAGAGCAGGGAAGGACUUCUUUGACACAUGUCGGUCACCAGAGGCCUGCUGCGAGCUCACUCUGCAGCCUCUGAGACGUUUUCCCUUUGAUGCUGCCAUCAUCUUCUCUGACAUCCUGGUUAUCCCACAGGCCAUGGGGAUGGAUGUUGAGAUGGUGGCAGGUAAAGGUCCUACAUUCCCAGAGCCCCUGAAAGAGCCAGAAGACCUGCAGCGUCUGCAGACCAAAGUGGACGUGGGGAAAGAGCUGGGCUAUGUCUUCAAAGCCAUCACACUGACCAGACACAAGAUAGAGGGCAAAGUGCCGCUCAUAGGAUUCACUGGAGCUCCGUGGACGCUAAUGUCCUACAUGAUAGAAGGCGGAGGCUCAAAGACCUUCUCUAAGUCGAAGCACUGGCUGUUCAGACACCCUGAGGCCAGCCACAUGCUGCUCAGGAUGCUGACAGAUGUGAUAGUGGAGUAUCUGCUGGGACAGGUGGCAGCUGGAGCUCAGGCUCUGCAGGUGUUUGAGUCCCACGCCGGCAUUCUGGCUCCAGAUGAGUUUAAAGAGUUCUCUUUGCCUUACCUUCGAGACAUAGCACGCCGCGUCAAAGAUAAACUCAAGGAGUCAGGACAGGACGUACCCAUGAUUGUGUUUGCAAAGGACGCUCACUACGGUCUAGAGGACCUGUCUCAGUCUAAUUAUGAGGUGGUUGGGCUGGACUGGACCAUUGACCCACGAUCAGCACGGGAGCGCACAGGAGGGAAGGUCAGCCUGCAGGGAAACAUGGACCCCUGUGCACUCUACGCUACAAAGGAGCGCAUUUCGGACAUCGUAAAGAAGAUGCUGGAGGGUUUUGGCACCAGGGGCUACAUUGCCAACCUGGGCCACGGCCUUUACCCCGACAUGGACCCGGAGAAUGUGGGCGCCUUCGUCGAAGCUGUGCACCAACACUCUAAACAGAUGAUCAAACAAAUGUGAAGAUAGGUGUGUCUGUGUGAGGGAGUGUAUAAAACCAAAAAUGCUGAUGAUAGUGAUGGAAAAAAUGUACAUUAAUGCAUUAUUUUAUUAAAAACCAAAACAUUUACAGCUUUGUGUCUGUUUUCAGCAGUUAAAUUAUCCAUUCCCAGAGAUUUGAGGAGGAAAAAACAAAACAAUGAUCUCACGUGAAUUUAAAAAACCAAAACAUACAUUUACUACAUUUUUGUCCAGUGCAGAUUUUCAGAUAAACAAGAUUUUGGUUUUCUAAGACAAGAUUUUCUGUUCAUCUAUAAUAUGUUGAACUGACCAUGAGUGGAUUAUGUGUCUCCACUGAACAUCAUUUUUGCAAGUACAUGUACGUUACAAACGCAUUUGAAUUGUAUGGGAUUUGUAUUAAUUUUGGAUCUAUUCAGAAAUGCUGAAAACAGCUUUGACUUGUAGAUGAAAACUAUUGUUUUUAGAUAUUUGUCAUCCAAUCAAACUCAGCGUAAUGUCACUCCAGCACAUACAAAUACAAAUAGAGACAAACCUUUCUAACCUCUUAUAAAGCGCUUCAAUCAAAUCUGAGCUCUUCAUCAGUACAAGUAGCUUCUUUGUCCUUGAAGAGAAAAACAAAAAGGGAAACAAAAGCUGGUGAUUUGGAAAAAGAGUUCCAGCAAUAGAUGCACUACUGCAGUUCUAAAAUCAAUUUUUAAGGAAAAAUGUCAGCAGUUGAUCAUUUCACCGCCUCACAUCUUAACGGUGAACAAAAUCCCCCGCUGGAUCUCAGCAUGAAGAGUUUUAUUUUUACUCCUGCAGAUAGAAAAUCUUCUAAGAAGUGCACAUUCUACAAGAAGAUGCCUUAUGCUGUAUUUGUCUUUUACUCUAAAUCUGUUUUUAUCUUUUUUUAUUUCAACUCAACAACAGUGGCUCAUGAUUUGAAUUACAUGUUAAGCAUCCUGAGAGGUUUCAUGUGAUUGCUGUUUUCCAGAAUAUUAAAUCCUAAAUGUGUGUAUCUGGCUGUUUUUUUCUGCCCAGUUAAAUAAAGAUUGAUUAAAUUUUUAGUAAAAUUAA